CUACUUCACUUUAUAAUUGCAGGGAUAUAUAUGUACUUCACGGUAGCAUACAAAUAGCUGAAAUGUUCUUUUAAAAAUAGUGUUUUGGAGCUGCAAGCUGUAUCACCUAUAUAGCUUACAAACUGCAUAGGAAACUAUGGCGUCUGGCUCUGUUACGUCAUAUACAAGAGUGAGUAUAGUGGGAGACGAAUUUAGGAUGUAAUUCACAACGACUUAAACUUACCAUCUAUUUGUUCCUGUGAGAGGUGCUCCAUCUGUAAUAUAACCAAUCGAGAGAUAUCAACUUAGACCAAGUCAGGUUCACCAUCUUUAUCUUCAAAUACGUCACACUAACUUUGAAGUAAACCAAACUUUGGCAUCAGAAUCGCUGCCAGUUUGAUUGACGUACACAAACCCCUCGCCUGUCCAUCUACAAUGUCUGUGAAAGAAUAACAAUAGAUGUGGAUUUAAUUACGGCUGACUGGAAACGAGACACGGCCGCACAAAGAAUCGGUCACAACUCUAUAGGAUAAUUAAAACAAUGAUCAGUCCUUAUAAAACAAUUCACAUAUUGCUUAUUCCGUGGAUUAAAACACUACCAAACCAUGCAUAAAGUCUGAUUCCGUUAGAUAUCAAAACAACUAUAGUGUAGUACUGAGCCAACAUACUGAAGAAUAACACCGCUUAGGACUACCUGUAUUAUAAUCCAUUCUGGCCCCAUGUAGGCAAAUACAGCGACUUCCUUAAAAAUGUCACAGACGUCUGAACAAGUAGAAGAUGAGAUCGACCUAACACCGGAUCAGAUAGCAGAAUUCCAAGAGGCUUUUAGCCUUUUUGACAAAGAUGGCGAUGGAACAGUUUCCGCAAAGGAACUUGGAACGGUUAUGAAGGCACUGGGCCAGAACCCGUCAGACGCCGAACUACAGGAAAUGAUCAAGGAAGUGGAUACUGAUGGUAAUGGUACGAUAGAGUUCGAUGAGUUCUUACAAAUGAUGGUGAAGAAAAUGAAGGACUCUGAUAGUGAGCAGGAGAUAAAAGAGGCGUUCCGAGUGUUCGAUAAGGACGGUAAUGGCUUCAUAAGCGGAGAAGAGCUCCGUCUCGUUAUGGCUUGUCUUGGAGAGAAAUUGUCUGACGAAGAAGUAGAGGAAAUGAUUAGUGAGGCUGACCUCGACGGAGAUGGUCUGAUCAACUAUGAUGAAUUUCUGGCAAUGAUGUCGAAGAGUUGAUACCUUAUAAAAACGAGAAUAAAGUGUGUAUGUACCAGGACUGGAGGAUACUGCAGUCAUUGUGAAAUGUGUGUGCGAAUGGAAACCCUUACUCUUCAAAUCAUGUUUGUGCAUCUUUAAAGUGGAUCAUUACCCUUCGUCGCCUCAACUUUUACUACUAUCUCUGACAUUCUACGCAAACAUAUGCCAAAUGGAUACUAAUUCCAGAGUUAUCGAGGUAGUUUAAAAACUAAGCACCUUACUUAAAUACUCUUUACAUAUUUUAUCUACGUUUCUAAAAGUAUGUGCAAGCUUUAAUGUCUUUUGUGACGCAUGUCAGAAUUUAUUUUUGACAAAAUGGCGCCACAUGACAUUAUCAAUAAGGAUGAUGUGGAUCCAUGUAUAUGAGAGUAAUUGAAUAAGAUGCGGUUGCUCCACUUUUUAGCGAUGUACGCUGCAAAGUAACUUGAUCAUACAUCUGUAUGGAAUGUUCGACCUGCGCCAAGCACUUUCUAAAUUUUCUAUACACGUGUUCAGUGAAGGAAUCAUUAUGAUUUCAUUUCUUCGACACGUGGUAGGGUUGGCAUGCCAAAAUCCAUUACAUAAAUUCUAAUCGGUUUAAACGCCAAUAGAUUGAUAUUUCACAUGAUGUUACUGUAGAAAAACACAAAUUCAAUUUAGAUAACAAUUAUUUUUAUUUAAAGUUACAUGUAGGAAAGUGUAUAUAGUAUCCAAUGUAUUGUGCGUAGAAGCUGCAAUGAAGAAAAUCAAUAUUGCAUAGAUAAGUAAAGAAAGUGACGUAAUAAAUAUAUUCCAACGCCACUGUUGCCAAUAUAACAGACGUAAUGACGUCACGUAUUAUGACCAUGAAAUGAUGACAAUACAUUUUGUACUAUUCAUAAAUCUUAUUAGACGAAAUAUCAUGCUUACAUUGAAAUUAAGAAAUUGCAAAUUUUUUCAAUUUAAUUUGAUCAAUGCAUCAUCAAACAAACCGAAAAGUAAAAGCUUGAUACUGCUUUUUUCAUGAAUAUACUACCAAGCAUCAUUGAGUUAUUUAGGUACAAAAUGAAACAUGAAAACAUGGAUAUUCGUUCAAAAAUCGAUAGUCUUCUAAACAUUUCACUCACGUAUGUGUGCAAAUUUCAAUAUCAAGAUUCAGAUCAAAUUCAAUAGGCUGGUGGAAGGUAAUAAAAUCAAAUAUAGAUUACAAUGAACACAACGUACAAAAGAAAGAUGAUAACCAUAUUGCCUGUCUGAAGAAAUAUUGGCAUCUACUAAAUCUUUCAUUCCAAUAUCCUCAAGCUUGAAUGCAGUUUAUUAUACAAUGGUUAACGUGUAUUCCAAGUGUCUGAUGUAUUUGAUAAAUCUUCAAUAUCAUAAUCUUUUAUUACUUUUCUAAUCGCUUAUUAUUAUAUUUUGCAAUGUGCUACGCUAGCAAAUAAUCUAUUUUCUCAUUAAAUCACCAGCGUCUUUAUAAAAUAAGUCCAUUUCCUGUAGAAAUAGUGAAUGCACAAGAACACCUGUCUGUAAAUAGAAUUGUAGAUAUUGAGAAAGUGAUUUGUUAAUAUGGUCCAUGUAAGGAUAACAAAAAUAAAAAUACACACAAUCAAUGCACAUUUUGUAAAUUUAAAGAAAACUGAGAAUUGCUAGUUCAUCACAGUAAUUCAAAGAUAAAGCCAAAUGUCAGCUGCAUCUGUUUCACAAAAUCAUGACAGGUAAUACGCAGGUCACUUGAAAUAUUUGACACUUAAUUAACUUUGGUUAAAAAUAGAUGAAGAACGAAAUUUAAACAAAUGAUAAGAAUUCAUGUAUUGCAUUUUAUUGGUUCGAUGAUUUCAGGUGUGGUAUUGUAUAAAUAUGAAUAGGCAUGUACUUAGAAUGCGGGAAUCUAUAUGCCCAGUUGAUGUGCAGGGUUUUCUCCCUUACAUGGUAGUGUUGGAUGUCAUAGUAAGUUAUCUAUGAUAACAUUCAUAUUUGUACAAUACACUAAUGUAAUAUAAUGAACAACAUUAAUGUUUUGGUUAAGAGGGAAGUUAUGAAAAUUUUAUUUCUACCAGCCAUGUUGUGUGAAAAAAAUCAUCAAUAUCCGGAUGGAGCUCACGCAGAAAAUAUCUUUAUCUGAAGUUGGGAUUUGUAGAAAACAUAUCGACACAACACUUUGAAUGCCUUUGAUAUUUAUCUAACACGUGCACUGGAAUAUACCUUAUAUGUUAAAUGAAUAAAAGAAUACACACGAAGUAAAUGAUAGUUUCAAUUUAACUUGAAUAAUUAUCUACCAUUGAAUGAGCGUAACGAAAAUCGAAAUAAAAAACUCAAAAAAAAAACAAAAAAAAAACGUAGAUUGAUCUGUGAUUAAAAAAGGGGAAUCUCAUAUCAUAUUUCAAUUAAGGAUGCAUGCUACAUAAUACAUGCAAUUUUUGUUACCUUAUAUAUAUGAACUACAGUUCUUACAACCUUCGAUUUAAUGUCUGAUUUUUUAUCUUUUGAGGAUGUUCUAAUUUUAUCACUUUAAGAAGUCGUUUCGUUAAUGAUUUACCGGAUUAAACGUAUUAGUUUAUUAAAAAAUAGGGUACAUGCAUAUGCAUCACACCAUUAUGUAAAGUGUUUAACCUGAAUAACACAAUGAUAGGCACAAAUGAGUGACAGUUGUUAUAUAUGUAUAGAUAUUUAUUAAUUUAACUUAUUUCUUCAACUUGUAUAUAUAUAUAUGUUUGUUUGUUUGUUUGUUUGUGAAAUUGAAUUCCGCAUAUGAUGGAAGUAUGACUGUUGAUGUGCUUUGAAGGUCGUCGUUGUAUUGUAUGAUAAUAUUUAUAUAUAA